UGAGGGAGAACAGCUCACAAAGCCUCAGUAACUGAUGAAAACUCUUCUUUCAGAGUUUCCUAACCUGAAGAGUUCAUCAUGAUUGGGAUGAUGUGUGUGACUGUUUGGAGUUUAUUAUUUGUUUUAACUUUUCAUGGUGUUUGGAGUGAGAUCAAACUUGAACAGCCUCCCUCUGAGAUGAGAAGACCUGGAGAGACAGUGACGAUUUCAUGUGUUACAUCUGGUUACACUAUGACAAGUAACGGCAUGAACUGGAUCAGACAGAAACCUGGAGAAGCUCUGCAGUGGAUCGGGUGGAUAAACACACAAACAGCAGUUGCUACCUAUGCCAGCUCAUUUCAAAGUCGUUUCAUUUUUACUCAAGAUGUUCCCAGCAGUACUCAGUACCUGGAAAUCCAAAGUCUGCAAGCCGAGGAUUCUGCUGUUUACUUCUGUGCUCGAUACUACGACCUCUUUGGUUCUGGGACUAUAGUUUAUGUAACAGAUGAGCAGAUUGUGAAGCCCGUGGUGAGCGUGUACCCAGCAGCAUCCAGAGUCCAGGGGAAGAGCGUCCUUCUGUGUCUGGCCUCAGACAUGUUUCCUCCUCUGUUCCGGUUCUCCUGGAAAAGACACAAUGAAGACGGGUCUAUAGAGGAGCUCCGUCCUGCUGAUGGAGACCAGCUGCAGAUCACAGAAUCAGGACGCUCCGCUGCCAUCUUGUUGGUCCGUCAGCAAGAGAACAGCAGAUAUAAAUACAGCUGCUACAUCAACCACUAUGGAGAAAUAGUGGAGGCCCAAACACAACAAGAGCUUCCAGCUCCAGCAGCCUGUCCUCCAGAGAGAAAACCAGCAGACCUGCCAGCUCUGCAGCAAGAUGACAUGUCCUUCCAGUCUGAGUUCAGGGUGAAGCUGCUCUGCUUGCUGUACACAGUGCUGACAGUGAAGAGUCUGGUGUACUGUUGUGGACUGCUGAUGAUGGUCAGAAACAAGGAACCAUCCACCAACUUCACACAUGCUGACUGACUGUUUCCUGACCGCCUUUUUUCUCCAUCACAUAUAAUACAUUUAUCUUAUUAAUCAGGAUGUACAAAUGUUAGCUGCAACAUGUUGUAGUUAACUAGAAAAAAAAAAUUAUUGACAGAAUUUAGAAACAUAUUUUCUCGUCAUGCAGUUUUUUUCUUGAUAGUUGAGUUCAUGUCUGUUUUCUGUCUUUUACAUGUUUAAUCAUUUUCUGUAUUUCUGCAAGUUUUCUGUUUUUCUUUUUUAUUUUACAUGUUUUAAGUUUUUCUUUAAUAA